AUGGGUGUGCCGAAAUUCUUCAGAUGGCUCUCGGAGCGGUAUCCAGCCAUCUCGCAGCUGAUUGCAGAGAACCGGAUCCCGGAGUUUGACUGCUUGUAUCUCGACAUGAACGGGAUCAUUCACAACUGCACACACAGCGACUCGGACGACGCCUUCACUCGCUUAGGCGAGGAGGAAAUGUUCAUACGUAUAUUCAACUAUAUAGAACACCUGUUUGGCAAGAUCAAACCGAAACAGCUCUUUUUCAUGGCGAUCGAUGGUGUGGCGCCGCGGGCCAAGAUGAACCAGCAGCGGUCGCGGCGUUUCCGCACGGCCCUGGACGCCGAGGUGGCGCGCAAAAAGGCUAUUGCCGAGGGGGCGCAGCUGCCGACGGACGAUCCGUUUGACAGCAACUGCAUCACGCCGGGUACGGAGUUUAUGGCGAAGCUGUCGAAGCAGCUACAGUACUUUGUCAACAAAAAGGUCAGCGAGGACAAGGAGUGGCAGCAGUGUACGGUGGUACUGUCGGGCCACGACGUGCCGGGCGAGGGCGAGCACAAGAUCAUGGAGUACAUCCGGAACGCGAAAGCGCAAAAGGACUACAGUGCGAACAUGCGGCACUGCCUCUACGGGCUGGACGCCGACCUGAUCAUGCUGGGCCUGCUGAGCCACGACCCGCACUUCUGCCUGCUGCGCGAGGAGGUGACAUUUGGGCGGCAGACCAAGACCAAGUCCAAGGAACUGGAGCACCAGAAUUUUUACCUGUUGCACCUCUGCAUCGUGCGCGAGUACCUGGAGCUGGAAUUCCAGGAGCUCAAGACGGACAAGACCAUGCCGUUCGCGUUCAACAUGGAGCGGAUCAUUGACGACUUCAUCCUCAUGGCCUUUUUCGUCGGCAACGACUUUUUGCCCAAUCUGCCACGGUUGCACAUCAACGAGGGGGCGCUGGCAACCAUGUUUUCGAUCUACAAGCGGGUGCUACCCAAGUGUGAGGGCUACAUCAACGAAGGCGGUGCGGUCAACCUGAAACGGCUGGGCCUGCUGCUGGAGGAGUUCUCGAAGGAGGAGUUCCGGUUCUUCGAGCACGAGAUCGAGGGCGAAAAGUGGUUCCAGGCGAAGAAGAUGAGCCACAUACCGGAGGGCGAAGGCCUCACGAUCAAGGUGGAGAAGAAGUACGGCAAGGGCAGCCGGAGCAGGAAUGCGGCUGGCAAGGCUAUCGGUAACGGAGUCAAUGGCGGCAGCAGCAACAACAGCAGCAACAGCAAUGGCGGUAACCAGUCGCAAAAAAACAAGCUGGUGCUGACGACAUCUCAGAAAGAGCUCUGGAAGUCCAAGAUGCGCAAGUUCGUGAGCAAGCCGACGAGCGAGCCGCUCGACCUGGGAACGGAGCUGAAGGCAGAAGACCGCAAGUUUGUGCAGGACGUGGCGGACAGUCUGAAAAUUGACUGGAACACAAACGAGGACGAGGAGGGCAACCGCCAUCUGGUGCUGGCGUUCCCGGCCGAACGGCUGGGCGGAGGCGACAAGGGGAACGGGGAGGACGAAGAGGACGAAGAGGACGAAGAAGGGCAGCUGGCGCUAUUUCGGGUGAUGAAGAAGUACGACACGGCAGAGGUGGCGGACGUGACGGCAGCGGAGAGUCAGGCGGCAUUGGACCAGCUGUACAUGCUCAAGUUCCAGCAGUGGAAAGACGGGUACUACAGGGAAAAGUUCGCCUGGACGGACGGACAGCUGAGCGAGGAGGUGCGCAAGCUGUGUGAGAACUACGUGCAGGGCCUGCAGUGGGUGCUGUACUACUACUACCGGGGUAUCGCAUCAUGGCCGUGGUUCUACCACUACCACUACUCGCCGCUGAUCUCGGACGUGAUCAAGGGGCUGGGGGCGGACCUGAACUUCAAGCUGGGCCAGCCGUUUAAGCCGUUUGAGCAGCUGAUGGGGGUGCUGCCAGACCGGAGCAAGAAGAUUGUGCCGACGGUGUACUGGGGCCUGAUGACGGAGGAGGACUCGCCGAUUGUGGACUUUUACCCACGCGACUUUGAGCUGGACAUGAACGGAAAGAAGAUGGAGUGGGAGGCGGUGGUGAAGAUCCCGUUCAUCGACGAGCGGCGGCUGCUGACGGCGAUGAAGCCGAAGAACGCGCUGCUGUCGGCGGAUGAGCAGAGCCGCAACGAGUUUGGGGCGCCGAUCGAGUUCACGUUCCAUCCGGGGACAGACUUUAUGUACCCGUCGUCGCUGACGGGGAUCUUCCCGGACAUCCCGCACUGUCGGUGCGUAAUGAACAUGUUUGAGCUGCCGGCGACGGAGGGGCUGGAGUUUCUGCACGACCUGACGGGCGGGGCGCUGCUGAACGCGUCAGCGCUGGCGGGAUUUCCGAGCCUGGCGACGCUGCCGUACCGGGCGAUGCUGACGUACCACGGGGUGAACGUGUUCCAGCAGGAGAGCCGGAACGCGAGCAUGGUGGUGACGCUGUCGGAGUCGGCGAGACAGACAAAGGUGGAGGCAGCACGGCAGAAGCUGGGACAACGCUGCCAUGUCGGGUACCCGUUCCUGCAGGAAGCCAAGGUGGUGCGGGUGUCGGACGAGCUGUUCGACUAUACGCUGGACGAGCAGGGUGGAGUGGAGCAGCACCACCACGGCGGCAAGGAGAUGGAGCGGUGGCAAUCCAAGGCACGCAGCAUCGAGGAGAACUACAGCCGGCGGCUGGGGAUCGUAAUCGGGACGGUGGAGUCGCUGGUGCACGUGCACAUGCUCAAGGGCCUGGUCAAGACAGACGUAGGGGCGACGAUCAAGGAGUACGGCGAGGUGGCGGUGAUGGAGACAGACUUUGCGGCGCAGACGGUGGUGGACUCGGUGGUGAAUGAGGACGCGCGAUUCAUUGAGCGGGAGGCGGUGGCGAUCGAGGAUGAGUUCCCGGUGGGCUCGCAUGCGUUCUUCGUGGGCGACUUGGCGUACGGACGGCCAUUGGAGAUCGCCGAGCACCACGGCAACAAGAUGGACGUAUGUGUGUCGAUGCUGAAGCAGCGAGAGCCCGAGUUUGCGCACCAGGUGGUGCUUCAGGCCGAGCGGGAGAACCGGUACCAGCCGUCGUUUGCGGUGGCCAAGUCGCUGGACCUGCACCCGCUGUCGCUCAGCAAGAUCACGUCAUCGUUCUACGUCUUCUCGGUGGGCGGGCUGAAGGUGAACCUGGGGCUGAACCUCAAGUUCGAGGGCAAGAAGCAAAAGGUGCUGGGGAUGUCACGGAAGUCGGCGACAGGAUGGGAGUUCAGCGCGGCGGCAAUCGGGAUGAUUGCCAGGUACAUGAUGGCGUUUCCGGACUUUUUUGCUGGGCUGAAGCACCUGCCACACAACCGAGACAUCAAGGACACGGACAUCUGGUCGAGCCAAGAGGUAGCAUCGCAGCGGGUCAAGGAGAUCGGAGCAUGGCUGAAGAAGCAGGAGACGGGGCAGCUGGAACGGGUGCCGUUGGACGCGGAGCAGCUGGACUCGGACGUGGUCGGACGGCUGGCACGAGAGGCAGACGAGGCACAGCUGGCGUCAGCGGCGAUGGAGCCAAAGCUGAUGCGCAAUGUGCCGCGCAACGCGGUGCUGAAGCCGGCAGACGCAGAGCAGCGCCUCGGCAACCAGCGAUUUACGCUAGGAGACCGGGUGGUCUACGUGCAGGACUCGGGCAAGGUGCCGAUUGCGCUACGCGGCACCGUUGUCGGCAUCGGGCGCACGACCACGACGAAGCUGCUGGACGUCGUCUUUGACACGACCUUUAUGAGCGGCACGACACUGGGCGACCGGUGUCCGGCGUUUCGCGGCCAGACCGUGCCAGCGGCCUCGGUGCUCAACCUGACGGAGCGACAGGUGUUUCGACGGGCGACAGCAGCGGCCGCUGCGAUUCCGUUGCAGGUGGGCCGAGGUGGCCAUAGACACGGCCGUGGAGGUGGCGUGCGGCAGCUGCACGACGCGCCAGCACCACCACCACUGCAAAGCUCGUGGCGAGGAGCAGCAGCAGGCGGUCCCAGAGGUGGUGGCAGUAGCGGACAGCCGGGACCGAGACCGGGAUCGCAGCUGCAGCACAGCAGUUUGGUGUACCGACUUCAACGCGGUGGUGGUGGUGGUGCUCGUGGAAAUGCACAGGCGCAGCCAAAACAGCAGGCGCAAUCGUUCAAUGCUGUUCCGCCACCAGCCAACCUGGACAGUCAACGAGGAGGACGAGGGCGUGGUGGACGUGGUCGUGGUCGUGGUCGUGGACGGGGUGGAGGUGGGGGUGGAAGUGCAGCUGGAACUGGAACUGGAACUGGAAGUGGAACUGCAGCAGCUAAAACUAUUGCAGCUGGCACUACAGUCGGAACUGCUGGAGCCGCUGGAGCUGGAGCUGCAACAGCUGCACCCACCACUGCAAAAGUCGGCAUGACGGCUGCUUGA